AAAAAAAAAAAAAGACAAAAAGAAAAAAAAUGUGAGAGCAGCUUGUGCCUCGGAGGCUCAGCCUUUGAAAACCCUCAUCUGUGAAUGUCCAGGCGCACGCACCCUUCAUAUAUUUCCCGCCACCAAACCAUUCUCCCAACAAAGAAAAUCUGCAGUGAAACGAAAGUAACCAUGAAAUCUUUGUAUCCAACUAGACCAAUUACAGCCGUCCCAAAGUUUAAUUCUACCUCUUACACCAAAAAUUUUGCUAUCACCAAUGUUGCUACGCCUACGCUCAAUUUCUGGGUUUCAUCACCGCAUCCAAUUCGCUCACUGAACGAUUUUCCCAAGCCACACCCACACACUGCUCUAAGAUCUCAGUCUCCUUCAAACCCACAAAGCAACGAGCAAGAGAAAGAUGAAGUGGAAGAAGAAGAAGACCCAGAUGCCCAAGUCCAAGACCUUGUGGUCCCAGAGCAUUGGUUGGUCCCUUCCAAGGCCUUGGAGGAAUCAGAGUGGCUAAGGGUUACUUUGCAUAAGUGGUUGGAUGAUGAGUAUUGCCCAGAAGCCAACAAUGUUGAAAUCAGCAAUAUUGCUGCUCAAUCAUACUACAAAUCUUUGCUGGGAAAACAGACUGACUUGGGUGAGAUUUUGCUGAAGAUGGCUAUAGAAUUGGAAUCUAUUUCCUACCAGGAAAGCUUCCAUGGGGCAUUCUCAUCCGCCAACGCAGCAGUGAAUUUGAUUGCCCAACGGAUAGAGCAGUCCUGAUUUUAACUCAAACCAGUUGAUGAAGGUUUUCACUUUUCACUUUUCAUUUCACCAAAUUAGUAAUUUAUCUUCUCCUACAUUUCCUAUGUAAAAACAGUAAGUUUUCAUACAUCAAUCUUGCAUGAAAAGGCCUUCAUCUUUCGAA